AUGCUAGUGCCUAUAGAAAAUAUAGAAAUUAUACUUUUAGAAAAUGAAUUUGUUUACUUACUUGUUGAAGAAAAGAUUCUCCCUUAUCAGAGUUAAAUAUAAAGAUAAAAAUAAAAGACUUAGGUGCAAAAUUAGUUCAACAAUUUUUAAAGCAGUUCUAAAAAAGAGGAAGAGAAAAACGAUAAGCUAACUCAUUAUCACACACUUGAGUAUAUUACUUAUAGUACAUCAGAUGCUAAAAUAGACUAACUUAGAAUCUUAUAAGUUAUAGUUUAACUCAUUAGGUUUAUCAAUAAGCUCUAUAAAAAUUAGAUUUACCAUGGUAAAAUUAACGCCUCUAGCAUUAUUGUAUUCAUUCCUAUUCAAUUUAACUAAAAGCUACCUGAUAUUUACUUUUAGAAUCCUCUGUUUUUGAGGUAAAAAGAUUAAUAAAAAACUUUUGUAAAGGAUUUUGAAAAUGACAAAGAUGAAAUUAAUUUAAUCAUAUUUUCACUCAUUCAUUCUAUUUAUAGCAGUGUAAUAGAUAUGAAAGCUUUAAAAUAGUUUAAAAGAGAGAUAUAUAGAUACUUUGAUAAUCUGCAUGUAUCUUAAAUUAUUUAACAAGAAUUUUAAAUGCAAAGUGAAAGUUAGCAGAUUUUCUUUUACAUUUAAAAGUUAGAGGAUUUAUUCGGGGUUUUUUAAUAAAUUUACAAGUACUAAUUAGAGGACAAACAUGUUAAGAUAAAUAAAAAAUGGAUGAUAUCAAUUAACAAAUAUAUUGAUACAAAAAAAUAAUUUGGCUAUUAUGUCUAUAAUGAUAAUUAUGGAGAGGAAGAAAUCAAUUAAUUUGAGGAAGAUGAUUUUUAUUCUGAUAGUAGUAGUGAUAGCAGCUAUGACAUCUUUAGGAGUAAAUAUGAUUAAUGCAACAAUCCGCAUGUUUUUGAAUUGAAUAUUGAAAAGAUUAAAUACGAUUUUGAAUCUCAUAUAGAUUCUCGAGGACUUGAAAAAAUUUAGAGCAUGUCAAAAAAUAAUAACCUUAGAUCACUUAGCUUAAAAGGAUAUAAAUUUUAAAAUGUAUUUUCAAUAUUCUAUUGUGUCUAUAAAGAUUAGUAAGACCAAAAUAGUAGAGUUCAUUUAGAAAACCUUUUAAAAAAUUGCAAUAAGCUAAAGAAAUUAAAGUUAGAAGUUACAAUGGACGAAUGCAAUUUGUUUGAUCUGAGUGGAAUCAAAAACAUGAAAGAGUUAGAAUUUAUAAGAUUAAAAUUUUGGUCUUACCUAAAUUAUAGUUUUAGAAAUUAGGAGAAAGGCAUAGAGCCUAUGAAAUAGCAAUUCUAUGAUUUAUUAGAAAUAUUUUAAUUAAUCAGGAAUAUAAAGGUAAUUGAUAUCCGUCCAUUUGGUAUACUCAUUUCUUCUUUUUAGCACAUUGAUUUUGAUUGGUAUUUUGAAAAGUAGAAACUGGCUUAUGAUUAUAUUUCUGAUCAAUUGCUAUAAGAAGUUGAUCAAAAUGAGUUAAAAAACUAUGAUUCUAAAUUGAUUGAAAAUGCCAAUUUAGAGUUCUAUUUAAGUGAUAUAAGAGUUUAGUAGCUAUUAAAAAAUAAGAAAGAAGAAGCAAAUGAUUUAAAAAGAGUCAGUGAUAACUUUUUUUUGGUGUUUUAGAAUUAAUAGCAUGAAACUGUUGAGUUAAGUAAGUAAAAUCUAAUUUAGUAGCUAACAGUUUUUUUAAAUGAAAAUAAAUUUUUUAGCUGCACAGCAUUUCGUAUGCUUGAAAAUGAUAAAUAGCUACUUGUUUUAGAAUUUUAAAAUAUUAUUGAUAUUAGUGUUGGAAAUUUCUAAGUUUAUUUGUAAUAUAACGGAUAAAUUGAUCUUGGUGAGCUUUAAUAGCAAAAAUAAAAUUUUGAGAAAGUUGAAUCAAAAUCAGAAAAUAAUUCUGAUAAAUAACUUCAAAAUUAAAAUUAGUAAUAAGUAAAACCACUUUUCUAUCGCAAUUUCAGAAGACACAUUGAAGAAGCCAAAUCCCUUGUUAAAAUUAAUAUUGAUGUAAACUAAAAUAAGGCCAGAACUGUUAAAAGAUAGUUAUGUAAGCUAAAAAGAGUAGUCUGUGUUAACUAUUUCAAAGCAAAAUGA